CCCCCCACGGGAGAAUGGAUCGGCGUCGCGACGGGACCGGGAUGAGAACUUUGGCAACAGAGCGACCUUUCACCCCAUUCAACGCCCAACGGCACUUCUUUGGGCCCCGCUUGACUUUGAAGUCACCACUUUUAACCAGUUUGCGACAUGUGCGGUUUUUCGAAAUCGAUGCGUUGCCAAAUCUACCAUCCAUGCCUUCGCUUUCCCAGAAAACCCUGACCUCGGUGCCGAACAUGACGCAGAGAACCAAGUUAUGCAAGUUACCUGCGAUCAGAAAAACGCACCAUUGUAAACAGCUAUUCAGUUCCCUGGAUAAUUUGCUAGAGGAGCUUGAGAACCAAAAAGAUGACAGCAGCAUCCCUAGUCACUCAUAUUGCGCCCCAAAAUGCAGAUCGAGAGGAAGUUUGACCAGCUCGAGAUCCCUGGAUGCGGAGACAGGACCUCGAAGCUGCACCCUCCCCAGGAGCGCGGGAAAUCCCUCCAGUGAGAUCUUGAGCAUAUCUCACCCUGAUAACCCCACCGCAAUGGAGCCAGAUUACUCUGCGGAGGAUUUUGACCCUGCCAUGCCGAACCAGGAGUGUUUCAUCAAAAGGAUCCAGGAUGUGACGGAUCUGGCUAGUUUUGAUAACUGCAUCAAUGAGGCUCGUGCUUUGGGGUCCAACCAGACCUCCAUACCUUCACCAAGAGUUGACAGUCUCCUCUCUCUGGAAAAAAUCCUUUCCGAACUAAAAUCCCUCGAUCAUGAGAAUAUAGACGAAAUUAAAACGCUAGAACUUUUUUCUGCUCUGUACCUGCGACUAAAGGAAGAGGGCCUUACGAGCAGAUAUUGUCCUCACUCAAAAUUAAAAUCAAAGGUUCUCAGGAAUAUUUACUCUUUCGUCGAGAAUGGCACCGAUCCAGUGUUGUUGGAAAUCGCACACAUAUCAUUAGCAUUGAAAGUAAAAGGGCCAAACGUAUCAUCAGUUUGCAAGCUCAUUUUCAAAGUGACGAGAUCGGCCAAAAAUGACGAACUAUUUCUACACAGCGACAUUUUAGAUUUGUUCAUCGAGAGUUUAACAACACCUCUUGAAGAUCCGGAGGCACUGAUCUACGCUUACGGGGCGUUGAAGUUCUUGACAAUGAAUCCGACCUUGCUACAAAGUCUCUUGGAUCGGGGAGUUCUCCAACUCAUGGUUCUUCAUCUGAAGCUUGUCAAUACCGCGCACGAGGACGGAAUUCAGAUGCAGGAGCAGACGAGCCACGCCAUUUUUCAGCUGACGGGUACGUUGCGGCACGUGGCGGAUGCUGCGGCACACCUUUUUGUCACCACCGGGGCGCUCCAAGAGUUGUGCGUGACGUUAAGGUUGUUCUCGGGAGACAUCGACCUGGUCGCCAAUAUUGCCCGCACCAUCAGCAUUCUAUCGGUGCGUAAGGAUUGCGCGAACGUCCUUCUAGAGUACGGCAUGCUCCCAACUUUUAUAGAAUUGUUCAACAAGUUUCCUGGACGCUCAGAUAUUGUCAUUCGACUUGCCUACUCGCUGGGAAACAUCCUCGAGUGCAGUAGCGUAGCCAGGUUUCAGUUAUUUGAAGAGCCGAACGCAUUCAAAGUGUUAAUUGGUUUGAUAGCAAGCUACAUGCAACGAGAUUUCAAAGAAACGCAAGCAAACAUUUUACGAGAAAACAAGCAAAAUGGGGAUUCGUCGCAAGAUGUGAUGGUCAAGCUGGUGCGUGUGAUCGUGAACAUGGCCACAGAGCCGGAUGUUGGUUCUAGAUUAGUUUGCGAGGUUAACGACUUCGAUGAAGCCACGUACUACGAUCGUAAAGACGAAUGUCUGGAGUUCAUUCAUAUUCUGCUCGCCAUCCUUAACCAGAAAUCGCCGUCGGAGAACGAAGAAAUAGUCGUUGCGAUUUUAACAGCGCUGAAUAAUCUCACUUUUUACUCCAUCGACGGACCGCUCUCUAAAACCUACCUCGAUAUUGCGCAAGGCCUCAGUUCAUUGAUCCGGUCAAAUCAUGUCAGGUGCUUAAUUGAAGUUACGAGAGUGUUAGGAAAUUUAACUCGAUGUCACCAUGUUCGCCAAUUGUUCCUUGAUAUUGGAGGUUUAGCUGAGUUAACCCGUUGGCUGAGUAGCACCAAUGAUGAACUACUUUAUAACGCAACCGGACUGUUGGUCAAUCUGUUGGCAAGUCAGGAAUCCAGAUUAUUACUCAAAGAGUCGGAUAAUAUAGAUAAACUUGUCUUGAUCCUGGAGAGGCGAUGCGAAAAUAACUGGAAUCUUGCCACUUUGAUCUGCCAAGCCCUGUGGAACUUUGCAAGUGACGCUUCCGACAUUCAUUCGGCUUUUGGUCCUGACAAAACGCCGAGAAUACUAUCCGCAUUGAUGUAUUUAUUAGACGAAGAUAAAUUUUUCCCUUCCGACGUUCGAGAAGGAGUCGUUCAAAUGGAGGAUUAUCAGAACUGGGAUUGUUUCGCAGAGAUAGCGGCAAACUUGCUCGAGAAAUUGGAGUGAUUAAUGUUCAUGACCACAGUAUAAUCAAAUCACGAUCGAAGGAGAAAUAGACCGAAUUUUCAACUUCCAUCUCAUAUUUUUCAAAAACCUGCUAAAUAAAAUGUGGGGAUCGGAGGACAAGACGCAUAAAGGCAGUUUUUGAGAAGGAACCUGAUAUUAAUUAUUUUAAGCAAGGCUACUCUUAAUGCAUAUCAGUGGCGUGGCAAGCUUUGCAAUAUAU